AUGGAUACAGCAUCCCUAGGACGCCCUGCUCAGCGCCAGAUGGACCUGUCGCAUCACAACCCACGAAAGCGCCGGUUUGACCAGACAGAGCCGCAACAGAACAACCCAUCGCAUGCCUCUCUUCAAGUAGAUUUGGAUCGCCAUUCCAGGCAUCUGGUUUCCCUGUCGUCAACCACUAGAUCUCCCACGCUCGAAGAUCCCGAAAACCGCUUUGAGUCGCCGCUCUUGCCCAGACAGUACUCUGGGGAUGAAAGUAUUAUUCUGGUGGGAUUCCCCGGCACGGGCAAGAAAACGCUUGGUCUGAUAGCGUCAGCAGCCUUGCGCAAGGAAUUCAUAGACUUUGAUACCGCAUUUACCGGGAGGACUGGGCUGGCACCUAGGGAAUACAUUGAAGCUCAUGGAGCAGCAGCUUACCGAAAUGUGGAAGACGAAGUGACAAUCGAAGUUAUACAUUCGAAACAGAAAGGAUUUGUUCUUGUCGGAUUCUUCGCGAUGGCAAGCAAUCGCCAACGCUGCUUGCUGAAAACUCUAUCAAGCACCAAUCCUAUUAUUCAUGUUCAACGGGAUCUCAGUGAUAUCAUCCACCAUACGAGCCCCGACAAGGACCGACUCUACCGAACCUACCAGCUCAGCGAAAAGUUGCAUCGGAGAUUUGCCAAUUUCGAGUUCUUCAAUAUUACCCAAUCGUCAAAGAAUGAAAAAGCGCUUGGACCUCUAAAGCUGAAAGCCACUGAGGGAGAAUUCAUUCGAUUUCUUCACCGCAUUUUGCCGCUCUCUGAGGGUGCGAAUGGGCUUGCCAGUCUUUUUACAAAUCCCUACACAUAUGCGUUGCAGGUCCCUAUGUCAUGGUUGGAAGAUCCCAAUUCCGAUUACACAGAGCUGGAUUCUGGAGCCGAUGCAGUUGCAAUCUUGGUUGAGAUAACUCAAGAUUAUCAUCAUGACAUUUUUUCUAGGCUGUCCCAAAGAGUUGCAGUAUUGAGAAAAUACUGCCACGUUCCUAUCAUCAUUGACCUGGAGACUUCAAAGACGUUGGGCUAUUCAGCGCAAAUAAAUUUGUUCGAACUGGUUCUUAGGCAAGCGCCGGACAUUAUUGUGGUGUCACUUGAUACGGAUUCGGCCAUAGCUAAGCAGCUAUCACUGGCAAAAUGUCACUCUAGUAUCAUUGGUAAAUAUCACCAGAAACAUGCAAUUUCGGAAAAUUGGCACUCAAAAAACCUGCCGGCCGCGUUCGAAAAAGCCAAGCUACUCGAUUGCAGUGCUGUACGGUUAACUGGUGAAGCACAAGCGUCCGACGAUAAUCUGGAAUUCGUUCUCCCAUCGCAGGCCGCGAGCGAAGGAGUGACCCUCGCGGAAGCGCAACAAGCAUUGUACUCGUCGUUUUGGCGAUCUAAAAAGCAUUUCACGGUCUUCGGCCAAAAUGUUUCAUACAGCUUAACUCCCGCUAUGCACAGGGCUGCAUGUAAUGCGUGUGGAAUGCCGCAUACGUGUGACUACGUGGAGAGUGACCAUUUAUCGCGAAUCCGCGAGUUCUUUGAACGUGAAACCCAAGGAGGCCUUGCUAUUGUAUAUCCCUACAAAACUGAGAUUGUGCAAAUGAUGGAUGAACUAAGCGUUGAUGCAAAAAUCAUAGGCGCUGUUAAUACUGUCGUUAUUGAGAGAAUAACUAAAGCUGAUGGUCCGCCACGGUUGUAUCUCAAGGGUUUCAACACAGAUCAUAUCGGGCUUCGUACAUGUAUCGAGAAGAACUUAUCGCCUGCGAACGCAGUCCGACUACAAACUAGCGCUCUCAUUAUUGGUGCUGGUGGCAUGGCUCGUGCUGCUAUUUAUGCUUGUGUUCAAGCCGACGUCAAAAAUAUAUGUAUCUUCAACCGAACCGAAGCGAAUGCACAUAGGCUUGUGGAUUACUUUGCGCCUGUGUAUCCUCAGCUCCGAUUGACUGUUCUACCUACGCUGACCACCCCGUGGCCGACAGACUUGUGGCAACCGACCAUCAUUGUCUCAUGCAUACCAGCCCACAAAGUUGGUGGAAGGGAUGCGCCAGAUUUGCUGAUCCCGGAACAAUGGCUAGGAAGUCCUACUGGUGGCGUCUUUGUUGAGUUCGCAUACAAACCCCUGGUCACUCGACUUAUUAAGUAUAUGCAAUCUCGUCGAUUGCAGGGUUGGAUUAUCGCCGAUGGCCUCGAUGUGCUUGUUGAACAAGGCAUUGCUCAGUUUGAAAUCCUGACGAAGAGACCUGCCCCCAGCCAUGUCAUGAGGCGCACCGUGCGUGAGCAAUACUCCAUCGCGCAACAUGCUCAUGCUAGUCAUGACUCUAUGGGAUUAAAAUCGAACUAA